ACGCGAGCUCAAAUACACGCAUUGAAUCUGAUGGAGGUAAGGACAGUGAAAAUUAACAAUGUCUCCCUCAGCGCCACGGAUCAUGAUCUAAGAGAAUUCUUUUCCUUCUCCGGUGAAAUUGAAUAUGUGGAACUUCAUAGUUGUAACGAGACGUCUCAGGUUGCUUAUGUUACCUUCAAGGAUGCAACUGCAGCAGACACAUCGAUCCUCCUCUCGGGAGCGACUAUUGUUGAUCAACCUGUUACCAUAGAAAUGGCUGCAGAAUACAAGCUGCCAGCUGCUGAGGCAUCAACACUUCCAGCCGAAAAAGUUAAUGUAAAUGCUGGUGACGCCACACCUGCUGCCCGAAAGGCAGAGGAUGUUGUGAGCAGCAUGCUAGCACAAGGUUUUAUUUUGGGAAAAGAUGCUAUUAGCAAGGCAAAAGCCUUUGAUGAGAAGCACCAGAUCUAUUCCACUGCUACUGCCACAGUUGCUACAUUGGACCAAAAGAUUGGUUUUAGUGAGAAACUUAGUGCCGGCACAACCAUGGUGAAUGACAAACUGAGGCAAAUGGACGAAAGGUUUCAGGUUUCUGAGAAGACAAAGUCUGCAUAUUCAGCUGCAGGGCAAACAGUCAGUACUGCAGGAUCUGCACUCAUGAGCAACCGUUACAUAUUAACUGGCGCAGCAUGGGCUGUCGGUGCUUAUAGUAGGGCUGCCCAGACAGCAAAUGAAGUGAGCCAGAAGACAAAGGAAAAGGUUUUAGCUGAGAAAGAUAAAAAUGGCAAUAAAGCGGGAGGCAGUCAAGCAGAGGACACUAAAGCGGAAGGCAGUGAAGGAGAAGGCAGUCAAGCGGAAGGCAUCAAAGUAGAAGGCAGUCCAGCAGAAGGCAUCAAAGUAGAAGGCAGUCAAGCGGAAGGCAAUAAUGCAGCAGCUGAAGGUUCUAAAACAGAAGGUAGUAAAGCAGCAGAAGGCAUUCAAGUGGAAAGCAAUAAAAUAGAAGGCCGUUCUUAGAUCCAUCGAGUCCAUUUUCCAAACACUGAGCUACUACUAAUGAGAAAGUU